UCUAAAAGUUCUCUCCUGGUUUGGUCUCGGGCUUCCCGCUGAUUUUCCCGAAAAUGACGGCGUCCUGCGCGCCUCGCCGGGCGCCUCCCGGCCUCCCAGAGAGUCCCCCUUUUCCUUGGUGCUGCGGCGGGAUUCUUUUGCUGUCCUUAGUGCUCCCGUUGCCCAUAUUCUCCGGUCCCUGUAUUGAUCCACCAGUAUUGGAGAGUAUGAAGCUCAAGGGUGUCAUUAAACGCCAUUAUUAUCCUGGGGACAGAAUAGAUUAUGAGUGUCACAGAGGAUACUUUUAUGUGUGGCCUUAUCUCCUCGCAUCUACUUGUGAGCCUAAUGGCUCAUGGAGCCCUAUUGAAGAAGCAUGUUUAAGAAAAUCAUGUCCAAAUCCAGAAAUAAAACAUGGUGAAGUAUAUGCCCCAAAUAAAACCUUUGAGUUUGAAUCAGAAGCUCACAUUUCUUGUAAUGAGGGUUAUUACUUAAGAGGAAAAAAAAUUCUAACUUGUAACCUUAUUGGAGAUAAUGUGCAUUGGAGUGAUUUGAUACCACAUUGUGAAAAGAUUUUUUGUGGACGACCUCCAAAAAUAAAACAUGGAAAACACACCAAUAGCUACAGGAAUAUAUUUGAAUAUAAUGAAUUAGUAACUUAUAGUUGUAAUCCUUCAAAUGGAUCAGAUGAAUACUCACUUGUUGGAGAGAGCAAGCUUAUUUGUUCUGGACCUGGCAAAUGGAGUAGUGCCGCUCCUCUGUGUAAAGUGGUCAAAUGUGAACGUCCAGUACUCGAACAUGGAAUAAUGGUAUCAGAAAGUAGAGAAAAAUUUUCCUACCAAGCAGUGGUGAUAUUUGAAUGCCUCCAGGGUUUUUACCUUAAUGGCAGCAACCUAGUGUUCUGUGGUGGUAAUAAUACUUGGGAGCCUGAGAUGCCAAAGUGUAUUAAAGGUUACAAGCCUACUCAUCCAACCAAGACUCCACUUUUAAAAUAUCCAGGAUAUCCCAAUCCCAGUGACGAAAUACUAUCACUUGAUGACUUUGAGGAUUUAGAUGCAGGAAUCAUUGCUCUGAUUAUUCUUACUGCAAUUGUUGCUGUUGUAGUAGUUUGUACCUGCUUCUACAGAUGUCUUCACAGUGAGAAGAAAGAGGAGAAGGAUAUGAAAGAGAAGGAAGAAAAGGAUAUGAAAGAGAAGGAGAAGAAAGAGAAGGAGGAAAAGGAGAAAAAGGAAAACGAGAAGAAGGAAAACGAGAAGAAGGAAAAGGAGAAGGAGAAGAAAGAGAAGGAGAUGAAAGGGAAAAAGGAAGUUGGUGCUGGACCCACCACUCACCAGAAAAGACCAACCAGUCCAUCAGUGCAGAAGCACUAAUUAUUUUCCACAAACCCAUGUGUCAGUUUAUCUUUUGAUUCUAUUAAUAUGUUAAGGUCUACAGUAAAUAUGGAAAACAGUAUGCAGGUUCCUCAAAAAAUUAAAAAUAGUGCCACCAUAUGAUUCAGCAAUUCCACAAUAUAUAUUCCACAGUAUAUAUCCAAAGGAAACAAAAUUACCCUAUGAAGAGAUAACUGCACCUCCCUGUGUAUUGCAGCAUUAUUUACAAUAACCACGACAUGGAAGGAACCUAAGUGUUCAGUGAAUAUAUAUACACACACAUACACGCAAAUGUAUAUACAUACACAUAUGCACAACAUACAGUGGAAUACAAUUCAGCCAUGAAAAAGAAGGAAAUCCUGCCAUUUGCAACAACACUUAUGGAACUUGAGGACAUUAUGCUAAGUGAAUAAGCCAUACAGAAAGAGACAAAUACUGAAUGACCUCACUUAUAUAUGGAAUCCAAAAGUCCACACUCACAGAAAAAGAAAUCAGAUUUCUGGUUGCCAGAGGCAGGGGGUGGGGAUGAUAGGGGAAUUGGGUGAAGGGUGUCAAAAGGUACAAAAUUCCAGAUAUAAGGUAAAUGAAUACUGGGAUAUAAUGUACAGCAUAGUGACAAUAAUUAGUAAUGCUUUAUUGUAUACAGCUGACACUCUAUCUGAUGGUUCUGCAUCAGCAUCUAUGGAUA